AUGAGUGCUCCAUAUAACCUAUCAUCGUCACAGGUAUUGGACGAUUUGGAUGUUGACUUCCAAAAAGGUCUUUCCUCGUUAGUUGCUGAAGAACGUUUUGUUAAAUUUGGUCCAAAUGCUCUACCAAAAGAAAACGGUACACCUAUUUGGAAAUUAAUUUUAGGUCAAUUUGAAGAUCAAUUGACUUUGAUCCUUUUGGGUUCUGCUGUGGUAUCAUUUGGGCUAGCGGUUAGUGAAGGUGAUUUGACUUGGACUAGUUUAAUUGAUCCUAUUGUUAUCUUGACAAUUUUAAUCUUAAACGCCAUUGUUGGUGUUCAACAAGAAAGUUCUGCUGAAGCUGCUAUCACUGCAUUGAAUGAAUACUCCUCAUCUGAUGUUAAAGUCCUACGUAAUGGGAAAUUAAUUCAUGUUAAACAAGAAUUUUUAGUUCCUGGUGAUAUUAUUGAUUUAUCAAUUGGUGAUAUUGUUCCAGCAGAUGCAAGAAUUGUUAAAAUUUUCUCUCAAACUUUAAGAGUUGAUCAAUCAAUUUUAACUGGUGAAAGUGAAUCUGUAUUGAAAGAUACUGAACCAAUUCAAAUUGAAAAUGCUGUGAAACAAGAACAAUUAAAUGUUGUUUUCUCUGGUACUACUAUUGUAUCAGGUCACGCAAGAGCUGUUGUUAUUCUUACUGGUGAAAAAACUGCAAUUGGUGAUAUUUAUACUGAUAUUUCAUCCCAAAUUUCUCAACCAACUCCAUUAAAAGAGAAAUUAGAUGAUUUCGGUGAUUUAUUAGCUAAAUUUAUUACAGUUAUUUGUAUUGCUGUUUGGGUUAUUAAUGUCAAUAAUUUUAAUGAUCCAGCUCAUGGUGGUUAUAUUAAAGGUGCAAUUUAUUAUUUCAAAAUUGCUGUUGCAUUAGCAGUGGCUGCUAUCCCUGAGGGGUUAUCUGUCGUUAUUACUACAUGUUUAGCAUUAGGUACUAAGAAAAUGGCAAAACAAAAUGCAAUUGUUAGAAGUUUAUCAAGUGUGGAAACUUUGGGUUCAACAAAUGUUAUAUGUUCAGAUAAAACUGGUACAUUAACAACAAAUCAAAUGGUUGUUCAUAAUUUUGUUUUUUUCAAGAAUCAAAAUGAAUUAUCAAAUUUAACAAUCUCUGGUCAUUCAUUUGAACCUCAAGGUACUGUUGUUGAUGAAGAUGGUAAUUUAAUUGAAUUACCUGAUUCAAAAUAUCCACUAUUACAUAAAGUUUCUCAAGUUAGUGCUAUUUGUAACGAUGCAAAUGUUAUUCAGAUCGAUCAAACUAAUUAUAAAAAUGUUGGUGAACCAACUGAAGCUGCAUUGAAAAUCUUAGUUGAAAAAUUAGCUGGUUCUGCAACUCAAUCAAUUGGUUCAAAUGUUAUUACUCCAGUUUCAGAUCUUUAUAACAAACAAUAUCCACGUUUAGCAACUUAUGAAUUCACUAGAGAUCGUAAAAGUAUGUCAGUAUUGGUACAAACUGGUGAUAAUAAAGCUGAAUUAUUAGUUAAAGGUGCCCCAGAAAAUAUCAUUUCAAGAUCAACAAAUUAUUUAAAUCAAUCUAAUGGAUCACUUAGAGUUGAUAGAUUAACAAAUGAAUACCGUAUUGAAUUAUUGAGAACAGUGGAACAAUUUGCAAGUGAAGGUUAUCGUAUAAUUGCAUUAGCUUAUAGUGAAGAUUUUGAUAAAAAUUUAGCUAAAUCUGCAACAUCAAGUCAAGAUUAUGAACAAUUAGAAUCAAACUUAACAUUAAUUGGAUUUGCUGCUUUAAUUGAUCCACCACGUCCAGAAGUUGCUCAAUCAAUAAAAGAAUGUAAAGAUGCAGGCAUUAGAGUUGUUGUUAUAACUGGUGAUAGUCCAAUUACAGCUGAAAAUAUUGCCAAACAAAUUGGAAUUUUUAAAGAAGAUGAAGAUACUAAAGGUUUAAUUUUAACAGGUAGAGAAUUCAUUAAUCUUUCUGAUGAAGCUAAAUUAGAAGCUUCUCAAAAAAUCAAAUUAUUUGCUCGUGUUGAACCAAGUCAUAAAUCUUUAUUAGUUGAUUAUUUACAAAAAUCCGGUAAAAUUGUUGCAAUGACUGGUGAUGGUGUUAAUGAUGCACCAGCUUUGAAAAAAGCCGAUAUUGGUAUUUCAAUGGGGUCAGGAACUGACGUUGCAAGAUUAGCAUCAGAUUUAGUUUUACAAGAUGAUAAUUUUGCUACAAUUGUUAAUGCAGUUAAAGAAGGUAGAUUGAUUUAUAAUAAUACUAGACAAUUUAUUCGUUAUUUAAUUUCAUCAAAUAUCGGUGAAGUUGUUUCGAUUUUCUUAACUGCUGCGUUAGGUUUACCAGAAGCUUUGAUUCCUGUUCAAUUAUUAUGGGUUAAUUUAGUUACUGAUGGAUUGCCAGCAUCUGCGUUAGGUUUUAAUCCACCAGAUUUGAAAAUCAUGUCAAAACCUCCAAAAUCUAAAGAUGAACCAUUAGUCAGUCAAUGGUUAUUAUUUAGAUAUAUUAUCGUGGGAACAUAUGUUGGUAUUGCAACAGUUUUCGGAUAUGUAUGGUAUUUUAUCUUUUAUGAACAAGGUCCACAAAUUUCUUAUAAUCAAUUAUCUCAAUUCCAUCAAUGCUCUACAAAAUUCCCAGAAAUUGGUUGUGAGAUCUUUACCAAUGAACAUGCUACACGUGGUUCAACAAUCUCAUUAUCAAUUUUGGUUAUUAUUGAAAUGUUGAAUGCAAUGAAUAAUUUAUCAGAAUCUGAUAGUUUAUUAACUUUCCCACUUUGGAAGAAUGUUUAUUUGAUUUUGGCAAUUAUUUUAUCCAUUAUUUUACAUUUUGCCAUUUUAUAUAUCCCAUGGUUAGCUGUGUUAUUCAAUGUUGUUCCAUUAAAUAAAGAUGAAUGGAUAGCUAUCUUGGUUUUCUCUUCACCUGUUAUUAUUCUUGAUGAAUUAUUUAAGUUAUAUGAGAGAUUAUUCCUUAUUCCUCAAGUUGAUAAUGAAAAAGCCAUUAAAAAGAACAAAUGA